AUGAGAUCAGUUAAAAUUCCUCUUUGUAAUCAUUCCCUUUGUAUAUUUAAUUUAAUGAGAGAUUUUCAAUUAAUAAAUUUAUUAGAAACCUAACAAAUAAGUAACUUUAUAAUAUAUAUCUUAAGUUUUAUAAAAGGAUAUUAUUAUUUAAGUGGAAUCGUAAUAAAACUAGGAAAAUAAAAAAGCAUUCAAUCUCAUCAAGGAUAACGUUAUUAACAUUCUAAUUGUUCAUUAAUAAUAGGUUUUGAGAAAUUUUAAGGAUUUAUUUGAAAAAGAAGUGACAAGUGCCAAAAUAAAUCUAACUCAGGAUUUUUAUCAUAUCUUUGUAACUAAUAAGAUCAAGUCUAAAUAUUUUGUUAUAAACAUUGUAGAAUAAUAUUAGAGUGCAUAGGUCGAUUAAUAUCUAACAAAUAAAUAGAUCUAGAAUUUUAAGUAAGAAUAAUGUAAUUAUUGAGUUGUACUAUAUAUAAAAAAAUAUUGGUUAAGUUUAGCUGUAAAAAUUGAAUUAUAUAAUAUUAAUCUUAGAUUUAGUUAUAAAGAUAGGUUUGCAAAAUGUCUUAAUUAUUUACUCGAAAAAUUCAAGUAAAAAUAUCAAGAAUCAAUAUCAAAAAUUGAUAGAAUAUUUCUUAAUAGAUUGAAUAAAAUAAUUUUAAAUAUAGAUUAAAAGCAGACAUAAAAGCAAUUAUUAAAAGCUUAUUUGAUUAUUAAAUAUUUUAUUGAUCAAAAUUUGAAUUAAUUGUAUUUAAAAUUUGUUGAAUAAUUAUGUAACUUUAUUUGGAAAUUGGAAUAUACAAAAUUUACAAUUUAAAAAUAUGAUUUAUAUAACAAUGAACUAGUAGGACUUAUAUAUAUGUCAUUGAGAGUAAUUAAUUUAAUUAUAAAUAGAAAAUAUUGAUUAAAAUUAUGAAUGGCUAGGCAUUUUAAUAUUAAAAAGAUAAAUAAUAUAUAUUAUAAUUUAUAAAUAAUAUAACAGAAUUGAUCAUUUAAUACUGA